GCGAGAGCAGAGCGCUCCAGCACGCCGCCGUGGACAGCGGCGUGGCGGGGAGAGCCGAGGGGGCGCGGAGGCUGAGCGCCCAGCACUCGGACCCCCCCAGAUCGCAGGAGGCGCCCAGAGUCACCCGGGCUUGGGACGCACGGUCCGAGCGCACCUCGCACGCACCUCGGGGAUCCUGCCUGCGCACAGCAGCCGGCGAUGAGUGAGAGCAGCCGCCUGUGCUCGGGCUACUACAGCCUCAACCGCAGCUUCGUGGAGCCCUUCCAGUGCCCGCGGCGCGGCGACGGGGCCGCGCUGCUCUACUGCUGCGGCUUCGCAGACCUCAAGUACUGCUGCAGCGAGCCGGGCAGCUACUUCCCCUACAAGCACAGCUACAUGUGGAGCCUCAGCAUUGGUGCUCUGGUUGGAUUGGGAAUCGCUGCCCUUGUUUUGCUUGCCUUCAUCAUCAGCGUCUGUGUCCUGUGCUACUUAUUUCUGUACACAAAACCUCAACGAUUAGACAAUGGCCUUAAACUUCAGCAUCUAGAGGCAUCUUCUACCCUAGAAGGCAACUUAAAUAGAAAAACCAAAGGCCUCAUUUCAAAUGCAGCAUCCAAUUCAACAAAUGAGACAGUCUAUGAAGCCGAUGACAUAACUCAAGAAAAAACAAUGGAUACAACACAAAUCAAUAUUGCUAAUUAGCUAAAACCCCUGUUUUAAAAGCUUACUGGAGAGAUGGAGCAUUAAGAAUAAAGAAUGCUUUUUAUUUUAUUUGGCUUUUUGAGAAGGGCCUCUCUACAUAGUCUUGGCCAUCCUGGGACUCACUAUGUAGACAAGGCUGGCCAGCUCACAGAGAUCUGCCU